AUGGCUUGCUUAAAUACACUUAAGUUAGAAAUCAAAACUUUAGAACAAGUGUUUCCAAAAAACCAUGAACGGUUUCAGAUAAUGUCAGCUAGUGUCGACGAACUGACCUGCAGAUUCGUUGGCAAAAAUGGAAAGAAAUAUGAAAUACACGCCAAUAUUACUGAGACUUACCCCAACACUCCGCCUGUAUGGUUUGCUGACAGCGAGGAUCCCAUAGUUACAAAUGCUGUCCAGAUCCUGACCAAUACACAGGGCAGAGAUAACCAUGUCAUAAAUCAGGUCGGUAUACUGUUGCGGGAACUAUGCAAGCUACAUGGAGUACCCGAGCCUCCAGAUUUGGAUUCACUUUCACUUCCAGUGCAUCCUGCACCCCAGCAGAGAGUUCCCAGCGUGACGUCAAACGGUGCCGAAUCGGGCACAGAAGAGGAUGAGGAGAUGGCAGCCGAGGAGGACGAAUCCGAAGGGGAGGAUGACUUGCCACUAGAGAUGGUCGAUGAUGCUGGACGCAGUAACAAAGAUGAUAUGGAAACAGAGCAUUUAGCAACACUGGAGCGGCUGCGGCAGAACCAGCGAGCAGAUUACUUGUCAGGCAGCGUAUCUGGCAGUCUACAGGCUACUGACAGACUCAUGAAGGAACUGCGGGACAUAUACCGUUCCUGCUCUUUCAAGAACAAUAUGUACUCUAUUGAACUAGUAAAUGAUUCCUUGUACGAGUGGAACAUCAGACUGCGUUCCGUGGACCCGGACAGUCCACUCCACAAUGAUCUGCUUGUGCUGAAAGAGAAAGAGGGCAAGGACUCAAUACUGCUGAACAUCAUGUUCAAAGAAACAUACCCAUUUGAACCGCCUUUUGUGAGGGUCGUCUACCCUAUAAUAUCAGGAGGCUACGUAUUAGUUGGUGGAGCAAUAUGCAUGGAGCUCCUGACCAAACAAGGCUGGUCCUCGGCUUACACUGUAGAAGCCGUGAUAAUGCAGAUAGCUGCUACCCUCGUGAAAGGCAAGGCGCGAAUUCAGUUCGGCGCUACGAAAGUCGUGUCCCAGUCUCAGUACAGUUUGGCGCGCGCACAACAGAGCUUCAAGUGCCUCGUGCAGAUACACGAGAAGAAUGGAUGGUUCACACCACCGAAGGAGGACGGCUAA